UCAUAUUUGCUGCUGGAAAUUUUGCUUACGUCUCUAUUCCCUCCCCAUUAAAGGAACUUUGAAAGCGAUGGGGUCUUCAACAAAGAAGCACAAAUCCGACAAAACACGUGACAGCCGCAAAAGAAAACACCGGAGCAGGUCCAAGUCGCCUGAAACUAGCGAAAGGUCGGACAGGCAGGACAGACACAGGCACCGCAGACACCACAGAAGGAGGUCGGACAAGAACGACAAAAACGAGCAUUAUUCAAGUGAAGAUGAAGGGUCCGCGCCUGCCGCACCACCUCCUCCGAAGCUGUCGAGGGAAUCGACGACGCCUCCGCCAGCGCCGGCCAUCAGCUCUGGCUCCAACUCGGAGGCACUGUCGAUCGACGACACGAACAAACUGCGCGCCAAGUUGGGCCUGAAGCCGCUCAAGGUGGACGACGGCGAUACUGGUGAGAAGAGCAGCGGCCCCAAGAAGACCGCCGCCGAGCUGAUGGGCGGCAAGGACAUGGGCGAGUUCGUGCACCGCGCGCCUGAGAACCUCGGCGCCAAGGCCAAGGCCGAGAAGCUGCGCCAGAAGCUCAAGGACCGCCGCGACAAGCGUGAAAUCGACGACAAAUUGCGCAGGGUCAGGGGCCUUGGCGACGAGUCGAGCGACGAUGACGCCGUCGCCUGGGUCAACAAGAGCAGGAAGAUCCAGGAUGAAAAGGCGCAGGCUGCCAAAAGGGCUAAAAUGCUGGAAGAGAUGGACGAGGAAUUCGGAGUCGGCGAGCUGGUCCACGAUGAAUUCCAGCACGCCAAGAGGCAAGCGUACACGGCCAAAGAUCUGCGGGGGCUCAAGGUGCAGCACGAUUUGGAAGCUCUCACUGAGGAUCGGCAGGUGAUUCUUACCCUGGAAGACAAAGGCGUGCUGGACGAGGAAGACGAUGUCUUGGUCAACGUCAAUCUCAAGGAUGAUGAGAAAUACAAAAAGAAUAACGAGAGGAAGAAACAGAACAAAACCGGCUACAGCGCGUAUGACGAUGAACAGGUCGAUAAGUUUGGAAAUAUCGAGAAGAGUCUUUUAGGAAAAUACGAUGAAGAAAUCGACGGGGAAAAGAGGAAGAGUUUUGUCAUCGGUACGGAGAGCGAUGAGUUAGAAAGAAGGGAGUAUGAGCGAAAAAUCAUCCAGGCUAAGCUGCAGAAGAAAACGCUGGAGUCCCUGGCAACGCCGGGCUUGGUUCUCGCCUCUGAGUAUUACACCAAGGAAGAAAUGUUCAAGUUUAAGAAGCCGAAAAAGGUAAGGAAAAUCCGCAAGAGAGUGCUGAAAGCGUCUGACCUGGAGGGGAACGCCCCGUCGACCAGCGCAGACCUGGGUCGCCGAAAACGCGAUGAGGCUGAGACCUCAAGCGGAUUCAAGCCCGUGGACAAACACGAGGAGCAGAAGAAGCAGCAGCCGCAAGCGUCGAGCAGCAAACAGGAAGAGGUGGAGGAAAUGGAAAUGGACAGCGACUCCGAGGACAAGAACAAGGCUGUCGGCUUCCUCGACUACGAUGACUUGCCUCCUCCAGAGGUAGAUCUAUCAGAUGUCAGGUUGGAUCCUGACGAAGGUGAGCUUGAGUUGCAACUCGCCUUGAACAAAGCCCGCAAGUUAAAACAAAUCAAGGACCUCAAGCCGACAAAGAGAAUCGAGGAUAUCGCAAUGAGGGUGGCCCAAAUAAAACAGGAGCAAGAGGGUGAAGAGGCAGGCAGCGGCGGCCACAACAUAAUGUUGAACGCCACUGCUGAAUUUUGCCGCACGCUCGGCGACAUUCCAACUUAUGGCAUGGCUGGAAACCGAGAUGAAAAUGUUGAUGAGCUCAUGGAUUACGACCCGAAUGAUGGUAAAAAGGCAACCGAUGAUGACAAAGAGGUGCGAGGCACGUGGAAUGAAGUUGAGGUGGACGACACGCCUGUCGACAUUCUUCCUCCUGAGGCUCCUAUCUUGGAAGAAGAGCCCGACGUGGGCAGCGGUGUCGCCGGGGCCCUUCGCCUCGCUGUCAGUAAGGGCUACUUAGAAAAGGAGACCUCCAACAAGCCCUCCAAUUCAAGGAUGAACCAUUUGCAAGCGCAGAAUUACUCCAUCGACGACAAAAAUUACAUUGAGGACGAUAAACACAGUCGCCGGGAGCGAUUCAAUGGACCAACCUCAGACUUCAGAGAGAAAGACGGAUACAAGCCGAACAUCAAACUUGAGUACAUAGAUGACGACGGGAAAAUUCUAAACGCUAAGGAAGCAUUCCGGUAUCUGUCUCACAAAUUCCACGGUAAAGGCCCUGGCAAGAACAAGGUCGAAAAGCGAAUCAAGAAAAUGGAACAGGAAGCGCUCAUGAAGCAAAUGAACUCAACGGACACUCCUCUUGGCACUGUCACCAUGCUCCAGCAGAAGCAGAAGGAGACACAUUGUCCUUAUGUUGUUCUUAGUGGAAGCAAGCAACUCACUUCGAUUUCCAAGACGAAGAUGUAGGCUGCUUUUUAAAAUUAUGUUGUAAUCAGUUAAUAAAACAAUUAUAUAGUGGUAAUA